AUGAUGAUGUCCCUGAGCAGCAAGCAGCCCUUCGGCCUCCCCCACGGCGGCAGCGGCGGCGGCGGCAGCAGCCUCCACGAAACCAAGUACUCGGCCCUGCACACCGCCUCGCCCUGCCCUUCCGCCGCCGCCCCCGCCGCCAGCUCCCCCAGCAGCACCGGCACCGGCGGCUCCGCCGGACGCGGCUCCGGCUCCGGUCCCGGCUCCAGCUCCGGCAGCGGCGGCUCCGGCUCGAGCUCGGGCUCUGGCCCCGGCGGCAGCGGCAGCGGCGCGGAGGCGAUGCGGAGGGCCUGCCUGCCCGCCCCUCCGAGCAAUAUAUUCGGCGGUCUGGACGAGAGCCUGCUGGCCCGCGCCGAAGCCCUGGCAGCGGUGGACAUCGUCUCCCCGAGCAAGAGCCACCACCACCACCCGCCGCACCACAGCCCCUUCAAGCCGGACGCCACCUACCACACCAUGAACACCAUCCCCUGCACCUCGGCCGCCUCCUCCUCCUCGGUGCCCAUCUCCCACCCGUCUGCCCUGUCGGGUACCCACCACCACCACCACCAUCACCACCACCACCACCAUCAGCCCCACCAGGCGCUGGAGGGGGAACUGUUGGAGCACCUGACGCCGGGGCUGGCGCUGGGGGCUAUGGCGGCCCCCGACGGCGCCGUGGUCUCCACGCCGGGCCACGCUCCGCACAUGGCCGGCAUGAACCCCAUGCACCCGGCGGCGCUGGGCAUGGCCCACGCCCACGGGCUGCCGGCCCACAUGGGCUGCAUGAGCGAUGUGGACGCCGAUCCCCGCGACUUGGAGGCCUUCGCCGAGCGCUUCAAGCAGCGUCGCAUCAAGCUGGGGGUGACCCAGGCAGACGUGGGCUCGGCGCUGGCCAACCUGAAAAUCCCGGGGGUGGGGUCCCUCAGCCAGAGCACCAUCUGCCGCUUCGAGUCCCUCACCCUUUCCCACAACAACAUGAUCGCCCUCAAGCCCAUCUUGCAGGCCUGGCUGGAGGAGGCCGAGAAGUCCCAUCGCGAAAAGCUGGCCAAACCCGAGCUCUUCAGCGGCGCGGAGAAGAAGCGCAAGAGGACCUCCAUCGCCGCUCCCGAGAAGCGCUCGCUGGAGGCCUACUUCGCCCUCCAGCCCCGGCCUUCCUCCGAGAAGAUCGCGGCCAUCGCCGAGAAGCUGGACCUCAAGAAGAACGUGGUCCGCGUCUGGUUCUGCAACCAGCGCCAGAAGCAGAAGCGCAUGAAGUACUCGGCUGGCAUCUGA